CACUCCGCCGCCACACUCGUGCCACAACAACCUCAGCGGCAGUGCAACACCGGAGACCGUUAACGUUCGACGUCCGUCUACGCAGCGGUUUACCGUACGCCUCUGUCGUCUCGUCGCGACCGUACUAUAUAAUUAUUAUUAUUUUAUGCUCCAGUGUGUGUCUGUGCGAUUCCACGCUACUCAGUUGAAAUAAAUUCUUUCAAUUUAUAUAUUUUUGGUUUUUAUAUUUUUGCAAACAUUGUUAACGAAAAACGUAUUUGUAUUAUUAUUAUUUCGUACGGGUUUUUCUACCCAGUGUAACUCGCCGAAUUCGACACUCGAGUGUGCAUGUGCAGUGCGAACCAUGAUCAUGAGUAACGAAAACCAAUACCUGAGACCGGAUUAUUUAACUCCUUUACCGUCGUUGGACGCCAAGAACAGUCCACUGGCGCUGUUGGCACAGACUUGCAGUCAAAUCGGAUCUGACGCACCGGCGCCGCAAAACGGCAAGACAAACUCGGAGAAGGUCGGCGGCAAUCACCACAAGAAGACGUCGUCAUCACUCUCUUCGUCUUCGUCGUCGUCUUCCGACCACGGAGGUGGCGGCGGAGGUGGCGGAGGCCGAGACAAGCGUUCGCCGUCGCUGUCGCUGUCGUCGUCGUCGUCGUCGUGUUCGAACAGCGGUUCGCCGACCGGUCGGACGUCUGCCGUCCACAAUCACCUGCAGCCGGCUCCGAUCACCCCGGUCACCGCCACGGCCCGGUCGAGUUUCAAACCGUACGAAUCGUGCGUUCUGCGACCGGCCGCCGAAGUGGCCGCGGCUGCAGCCGCCGCCGCCGCCGCAGCCACUACCAACGCCACGUCGAUCAGCCUGGACGCGACCAUAAGGAGAGCGACGCCUGUGGCCAUCAGUGGCGGAGGUGACCGGUGCAGCAGCAAGGAGAGCGCUUCGAGUCGCAAGUCAUCGGCAGAAGACGCGGCCGCCGCGGGUAGAAAACACGGCGAACAAUCGCACAGCAAACACUCGUCGUCGUCGCCGUCGACCACCUCGGUGGCCGCUCUGAUGGCGGCCGCCGGCUAUCCGUCGGCGCACCACCACCCGCAGUUGUCGGCGCACCCUCAUCACCAUCACCACAUGGCCGCGUUGGGCGGCUCGCCCCUCAUGAGCCCCUAUUUCAGACCCGGUGCCGGGGCGCCGCCACUGCCGUGCCGCGAUCCGUACUGCGCGGGUUGCCAGCUGGCCGCUCACUUGGCCGCCGGCAAACAACCGCCGCAGCCGGCGACCACGUGUCCGGCCGGUUGCACGCAAUGCGACGCGAGCCCGAAGACGGUGUCAGCCGCGGCCGCCGCCGCUGCGGCCGCUCACCACCAUCACCAGCAGACCGCCGCUCACCACCAACACCAACAGCAGCACCACCACCACACGAUGGCCGCGGCGUACGCGCACGCCCAGCUGGCCGCGCUGGCCGCGGCCGCCAGCCAAUUGCCGUACGUGUGUUCGUGGAUGGGCGCCGACCUGCCGUCGUACUGCGGCAAGCGGUUCGGCACGUCCGACGAGCUGCUCCAACACCUGCGCACGCACACCUCUGACCCGGCCGCCGCGCUGCCGCUGUUGCAGCGCUCGUACCCGACGCCGCCGCUCAGCCCGUCCGCCGCCGCCGCGGUCAGCAGGUAUCACCCGUACGCGACCGGCAAACAUCACUCGCCGUACGGUUUCCCGUCCGGUUACCCGUCCUCGCCACUGGCCAUGCCGCCACAUCCGGGCCUGCUGCCGCCGUACUUCCCCGCGGUCGCUUACUCGCCGUACGCCGCUGCCGCCGCCGCCGCCGCCGCCCCGCGACUGGGAACGUCGCCUCACACAUAAUUCUGCCGCCGCGGACGGUUUUAACGAUUUGUUAAAUGUAUUAUUAUUAUUAUUAUUAUUAUUAUUACUGCGAUCGUCGUACCGCUCUGUUAGUCGCGAUGAGCGUUUGUUAGUCGACUAGCGAAAUUUGUUUCAAUAUUUUUAUUUACGUUUAUCUAAAGUGCAUGAUUGAUAUCGUCGUCACAACAAUACAAACUGAGUACAUAACUAUAUACCAUUACACCAGCCAUUAUUAAACCGCAGUCGCUGCUUCUUUUCAUUACGUUCUAUAGGUACGCGUUAAUUUUUAUUUCGUUUGAACGGCUAAAUGAUUUACUGAAAUUUGAUAAUUGACCCGCCCGCUUAUUGUCUUUAUUGGUUUUAUAAUAAGUUAUUGCAUAUAGGAACCUAUAUAAAUAUAUUUUUUUAUUUUGUUAUUGACUACGUUA